AUGGCUUCACAAGAAUGGAAUUUCUCUUCCUACUUUGCGAAUCUGGCACAAAAUGCUCCCACAGAUGACAAAAGACAAUACAAUUUUGGCUAUGAUCAUAGUGUAGACGAUCAACGAGUCUUUGCAGAGUUGAAGCCACCAUGUAACAAUCAUCUCAUAUCAGGAGGGGCAAACGACCAUUGCGAGGAAGGAAUGCUGCAUUUUGGAACUAGCAAUUCUGUCGCAGAUGCUUUUGUGCCAAAUAUAUUUAGGCCGCAAUCGAUAAAAUCAGAAUUAUCAACUAACACGGAUAACUUAGAGAAUGUCAUUGAGCAACAGCUAGUCUCGUGGGAUCUGAAUAGACUAGUUGGCCUAGGAAACGACGCUAUAAUUGGAGGAGUUGUUGAUGAUGAUUUGCUAAUGCUGAAGAGUGAAGAAGAUUGGGACGUCGACUGUGAAAAUGCAAUGCAAUUUUUGUCCCAGCCCAACAUAGAUGCCCAGAUAAAAAGAGAAGGAGAUAUAGCACAAGAUGAAUUUCAGUUUCCACAAUGCGUAGAAGAACAAUUUCGUCAGCUAAUACUGCGAGCAAAUGAACAAGAAGAGCGACAGUGUACAAAGUGCGGCGGUAUUGCUCCUAGAAGGGAUGGGAAUCAAACACUGUACAUUCGAAACGAGAAGAAAGCAAAAGAUGACAGCAAUACCGCAACCGAGUCGAAAACCACAGAAAAUCUGGUCGUCAAUUGCAAAAGUGAGCUAAACGACGAAAUAAAUAGUGGAAGUAAUGACUUUGUCAAUAGUAGUUAUUUUCAAACUAGCAAUUCAAAAGAACAAUCUAUAAAUGCGCCAGAGGACAAGGGUUUCUUGCCAAAAGAUACACUGAAGAAAGUAACACACAAUUCGGGAAUCGAAUCUAAAAUUGAAGAUAUUGAUAAAGUAUUAACACAUAUAGAUCCGGAUUUGGAUGUACUAGGCAAAACUUUUCACAAAAUACCCAGUACUCAACCGAUUUACUGCGACGAGGAGCCACGAAAUGAUGAAAAUGGGAACGAUAAUAGAAUCAAAAGGCCUAUGAAUGCAUUUAUGCUGUGGGCUAGAAAAUACAGGUCUUUGGUCGCAAAGGAGUUUAGUGAAGCAAGCAACUCAGAGAUAAGUGUAAAGCUAGGAGAGAUAUGGAACGAGCUCACAAGUGACCAGCAGAGCCCUACUUUAAAAAGGCAGAAAGUUUGAAAACUCAACAUAAGCAGAGCUACCCGAAUUAUGUGUACCAGCCACGUCAAGCCACAACAAAAGUGACAAGAAAAACCAAAAGUGCUUCAAACAGCAAAGACAACGAAUUUGCUUUUCCUGCCUUGCCGGCUAAUUUUGGAAGUCCCUUUGCAUUUUUCUGCAACACAAAAUCACAAGGUCUGGAAGAAGUCGGUGAAAAUCAGGAUACCGGUAAAGAGAAGACGAAAAAUAUUAUAAUGACACCAAAACCAAUCUACCCUGCUGGAUACAGUAAUCAACGAGCCGAAGGCAAGGCGAAGCCUAAUACCGGCAAUAUAAUAGCCGAAAAUUGUAACUUGCUUGAGAAGAAGAGCACAGUAGUGAAGCAAAGGGACUGGUCUGAAGACAAUAAUGGCGUCGUAAAAAAUGCAGAUUUAGGGAGCAAUUCUAAAGGCGAAGACACGGGCCUCGUCAAAGAUGCAAUGAUGCCUCGUUUUGAAAAACCGGGAGACGAAACUGAUUUACCUAGCAGUGACUUUGCGGCAUUGAAUACAACCGCUUUUGACGAAUUUCUUUCAGGAGGAAGUAAAAAUUUAUCAGAAUAUCUAGAUUGUUGUUUGAAAAAACACGACCAAGAAGAAAUCGAUGCAAGUAUUGUGAAUAAAUAUGGAAAGCGCAAAAGACGUGACUUGAAAAGUAAUAUUAGAAAAAGGAAGAAGAGUGGAAAGAAAAAUUGAAUUUAUGAGAUUAGAGUUUUAAGCAAAGAUGAAGAUUUCUAACAAGUUGUCUAACAUUAAGUGGAAGAGAAAUUAAAUGAAAAGAAAGUAUAUGCUGCAUUUUCAGCAGUCCUUACCUUAAGAUUAAGAUAUUAAAAGAAGGCAUGGGUUUUGACAAGAAAUAAUACAAUAAUUGGACAUGGAAGCGAGAAGGAAAAAUACUAAGUAAGAAUCUUUAGAUAACAAUAUCAAACUUAUUGGGAUUGUAAAGUAUCAAGAGUGAAAUUAUUUUUGGGUUGAAAUUACUCUUUUACAUUUUUACUUUAGAAUUUGAAAGUAAUUUGCACGAUAUUAGUGCUAACUUUAACAAUUUAUGAUAUAGCCGUUAUUUCAUAGAAUGACAAAACGUUGCUUUGAUUUGAAUCAAAUAUUUCAAAUAUUUGUUUAAAGGGCGUUUUCUCUGUUUCAAAUUUAAACAAAAUAACUUACAUGAUCUUACGCAAAAUUUGUUUACACAGGCGAUUGAUUGUACGGUGAAAAGAAAAUAUUUAUAGGCUAACGAAUCAUACAAAAAUGCCUCAAUUUGAGUCUAGUGAGUAUAAUAUGCCUCAAAUUGUCUACUUAAAUCUGGUAAAUAACAACUUUUAUCUGUUGUGUUAUCUGUGUCGCCUGUCUUGUAAAUAUUAUCCUUAUCAGUAAUUGCAAGGAAGUUAAAUACUUUGCUAAUCAGCCUGUGAUAACCACAGUAGCAAACUUAUUUUGUUCUGAGAUGUGGUUGAUAACGUGUUCAGGGAAACAACGACGCAUUGCUACUUCUUUAUGAAAACCUUGUCGCAUUUAUUGAUUAUGAUAAUCACUAGCCAUUCACAGGCACCAAAUGUGUAGCCGAAAUACAGAAGAUAUUCUUUUCGAAUGGGCGAUGACGUCACGCGAUGAAGUUAUCAUUUGAUUAAGACACGAAAACGGGCUUUGAUAAGUUAUAGUCGAUCUACUUGCAAUGAAACUUGAAUUGCUGCAAUAAAAUUGCCCAGCAUGGCUUCCUAAUGAUUUUUCGAGAAGGCACAGACGGAUUCUCUGAGAAAGUGACCAAUAAGUAAUUCGUAAGGAUUCAGAAACAUCAGUAAGCAAAAUAUGGAUAGAUAAAACAAUAAAGUUUUCUUUAACAUAAAACUGGAAAUGCAUGGAUGUUGGUUUUCGUAUAAAUACUAGAGCUUUGUGACAAGAAAUGAUAGUUUUAGGGCAAAUCUAAAUAGCCACAGACUUGCAUGGAAGUUGUAGAGAAGACUUUUUUGAAACAGGAGAUAAUACU